UGUCAAUUAGCGCAUGCGUAAAAGAUUAAUUCAUCCGGGACCCGCUGCCUACGCGCGAAAUGGAGUCGGACUGAUUGCUUUCGACUGUUGAUUUGUUUGUGAUUGUUAACCAUGCAACUGCGGCAGAAGACAGGAGACACGCCCCCUAGUGGUGGGAAGCCAAGCCGCAGGAAGGGAGGUGACUCCUUGGCUUCACACUGUAUCUCACGGAAACGCAACAUGAAGUGUGAGCACAGUAUAGCAGAGGGAAGUCGUGACACUCCAGUGAAGAAGACGAAGGUUGAGAACGGCAUCAGUGAAACAAACACAAAUGGCGUGGACACCCUCAUCACCUCGACUCCACAUCGUACAAAGUCGGGCUUGAGGAAGAAAGCUGUUGUUCGUGACCAGGACAAGACUCACAUCAAGGCGAAACCAGAAACUGGCAGUCCUCCCCGAACAACUCUCCUUGGAACAAUCUUCCUCCCCUCUGUAUCCCAACUACAGUCAGGAAGAGACGGACCUGACAUCACCCAAGCAGGAGCUGGAAGAGAUAGCCAGGUCCCUCAUCCUUGACCUGACAUCCACAGAAGCUGAGUCGGACAGUGCUGCAUCUAGUAAGGAGAACGAGGACCCCGACCUUGACAAUGGUGUGGAGUGUAAGGAGGCGUACACUGCCGAGAAGGUCAUGGAGGAGAACAACAACGGCAGCCUGGUCACCUACAACCCCGCUGUCCCCCCAGAGUGCAACACCUACACCACCGCCCCUGCCCCCAGCCCCGAGGAGAACCAGACCGAGGAGAACUAUGAGUGGGAACAAGAACCAUACGAUCCGUGAGUUUGUUC